AUUUCCUAUGCAGCUCAAAGGAAGUUGCAUGUUUCAGGAAACAGAGUGAGCUGUCUUUUGCAAGCGAAAUUUCACCAUCAUGUCAGCGGAUCACAGUAAAACGACAACCAUGGACGUGGACACAGCUUUUCUCAAAUCAAAGAGAGGAAUCCUGAAAGUAGCAGAGAUGGGAACUCUGUUUCUGGCAUUUGUGUGUUUUGCUGUGGCAUCCAGGCCAAAGUACAUCACAGCCACUGUGCUGGAGUUUCUCAUCACUUCAUUGCUGCUGUUGCUGUACCUGCUCAAACUCAACAAGAGGCUGACUUUCUUCUUUUGGCCUCUCAUUGACGUUUUCAAUUCAGUCUUUGCAGCAGGCUACUUUAUUGUCUUGAGCCUGAUGGCUUUGACUACAUACACUGUCACAGGCACACUGGUCGGAGGGAUAAUUGGUUUGAUGUCAGCUGGUCUGCUCUGUAUGGACAGCUACACCCUUUUCAAGAACAUCACUUUCAACAAGCCAAGAAGUGAAACCCAGAGUCAAGACAACCAAUGAAUAAAUCAGUUACAAUAAAUUAUUAGAGUAUGCUAUGUGAGUAUUAACAAAUAACCCCCCACCCCCACCACUGAUUACUUUCCAAUGAGUUGUGAAAUCUGAAUAACUGAACUUAUUGUAAGGCUGCACUGCGCAAUAUAUUUCAAACGCUUCUACCACUUCAAAGUUUGUAUCAAUCCCCUGCAUAUUUAAGAUUUUAACUGUAAUCCAAAACGACGCCGUUACUUUAUGAAAGGGCAUACAUAUUAUCAAAUAUCAAUAAAGAUUUUUCUGUGCCUUGCGA